UUGCUUAAGUAAAUUCACACAUCCAAACAGAGAAUAAAAUAUCAUCCUUCGCUGCACACAAAACCACCCAUAUAUGUACCAAUUUCCAACCCGGAUCCCCUCUUCCAAAUCCAUUUCGCUCCCAAUUCUUAAGUGGGUCGGUUCCAUCGAUAAUCGCUGCCCUUUUGAUUAUCCAUAGCAUAAGUGAUAUCUGAAGUAUUUGACCAGACAGAUCUCAAUUCCUUACUGUAGUAUAAAUAUAUGGGCUGAAGUGUGCUUUUCAUGGGAGGUGUAGAGGAUGAUGAACCACCAUCAAAACGUGUGAAGGUGACCUCUCUAGAUUCAGGAGGUAUUCCCAACAGUUUAUAUCUCAGACAGAGAGGUUGCUCACUUACUGAUUCAAUGGCUCGACAUUUGGCAACUGAAGGGGAUGAUGAGGUUGUUGGUUCAAAGGGUAUCAUAAAGAAAGUUGAACUUGUUCGUGUUAUAGCCGAGGCAUUAUAUUCGCUUGGCUAUUCAAAGUCGGGGGCGUGCCUGGAGGAAGAGUCUGGAAUUCCAUUUCAUGCCCCUGAGAUAGAUUUUUUUAUGCAACAUAUUCUUGAAGGUCAAUGGGAUGAAAGUGUUGCCGUGUUGCUCAAAUUUGGUGUAAAAGAUGAAACAAUAGUUAAGUUAGCAUCUUUGGCAAUAUUUGAGCAGAAAUUCUCAGAACUUUUAGAUGAUGGAAAGAUCAUGGAAGCUUUAAAGACACUGCGGACAGAGAUCACUCCACUUUGCAUAAGUUAUGAGAGAGUUAGAGAGCUGUGUUCCCUCGUUUUGUCUCCAUCACAAAAUUUAGUCAAUGGAACUUCUAGUAAAGAGUCAAAACUCGAAUCUCGUAAGAAGUUACUGGAUAAAUUGCGCAAGUUGCUUCCCCCGACAGUGAUAGUUCCGGAGAAAAGAUUGGUGCAUCUUGUCGAGCAGGCCCUUGUCUUGCAAAAGGAUGCUUGUAAGUUUCACAAUUCCUCAGUUGGAAAAAUGUCGUUGCUUGCUGAUCAUCAGUGUGGGAGAGACCAUAUCCCUACUCAAACAUUGCAGGUAUUACAAGAACACAAAGAUGAUGUUUUGGUUUUGCAAUUUUCUCACAACGGAAAGUACUUGGCAUCAUCAUCUGGUGAUCACCUUGUUAUUAUAUGGGAGGUCAUGGAUGAUAGUCAAGUUCUUUUAAAACAUAGAUUAUAUGGUCAUCAAAAAUCCGUAUUCUGUAUAUCGUGGAGCCCCGAUGACAACCAACUCCUUACAUGUGGAGCAGAAGAAAUAGUUAGACGGUGGGAUGUUGCCUUGGGGGAAUGCCUCCAUAUCUAUGAAAAAAGUGGCCUUGGUUUGGUCUCUUGUGCAUGGGCGCCGGACGGGAAGAGCUUAUUCUCUGGUGUUACUGAUAAAAGCAUGAUCAUGUGGGAUUUGGAAGGGAAAGAGUUGGAAUGUUGGAGAGGGCAGAGAACUCUUAGGAAUGCAGACUUGGGCAUCACUAGUAAUACGAAAGAGCUCAUUACUGUUUGUAAAGAAACUGUAGUACUAUUGUUCGGAUGGGAAUCUAAGUCUGAGCGGUUAAUCGAGGAGGAUCAAAUAAUAACCUCGUUCUCUUUGUCUGAAGACGGCAAGUUCUUGCUCCUCAGCCUCUGGAACGAGGAACUCCAUCUUUGGAAUAUCGAUGGAUGCCCCAGGCGGGUAUCUAAAUACAAAGGCCACAAGCGUUCCCGUUUCGUUUUGCAGUCUUGUUUCGGGGGAUUAGAUCAUGCAUUUAUCUCAAGCGGCAGUGAGGACUCGCAGGUUUACAUAUGGCACAGGCUCUCGGGAGAGCUGAUACUAACGUUGGCCGGGCACACAGGGGCUGUAAACUGUGUCAGCUGGAAUCCGGCAAACCCCCAUAUGCUGGCUUCAGCGAGCGAUGAUCGAACUAUACGAAUCUGGGGUCUGAGUCAGGUUAAUGUGAGCUACAAUGGAAGGCAUAGUAAUGGUGUCCAUCACUGCAAUGGGGGGAGUUGAAGUUGGAAGGGAUAUGUCCCAUUCCUCCAUCCAUCUAAUUUCCUUUAGUUAAUUGCUUUUUAUGUAAAUUCUUUUGCUUAUUAAUAUGUUCAAUCCAAACUAUAGAACAAGAAGAAUGUGAAUUUGCCCAUUUUACUUUCCUUGGUUGUUUGGAUGAAGGGAUUUAGAAAAUAGGAUUUUAAUGUUUAUUUAAUCAAAUAAAAUUGUUCAACCUGGACAUUAUUUUCCA